UAUGAUUACUGUAGACUAUAUUCUGUGUAACUGACAGUGUGCUUUUUAUGUCCAAAAAUCUGCUACUGUACAAAAUGAUAUUAAGUAUAUUCUCAGCUGUCUUAUAGGCAUUCCCCUCUUCUUCCUUUACUAGUUCAGUCUCUACAGCACGUCUACAAGCCUUCAAGAUACUGAGCGAACAGUUUAUACUCCUUCACAGCCGUGAAACUGAGUUUCCUAUUAUGGCAAAUUUUCAAAUCAGGAUUCUUCAUCUGGAUCUCUGUGUCGUCAUUAUUCUCCUGACUUACACAGAUUAUUCCAAAUCCAAUCAAGAGCAAAGGAUUCGGCAGCACAUCAACAAAACAUUGUUUGUGGGGGAAACAGUUACACUUCACUGCAACAAAAUCCCAUUUGAUGAAGAUUUAACAUGGAAAAUGAACAACUCUGUUAUUUUUAGUCAUGACUCGAACACUAACAAAACUCUGACAAACUUCAGCUCAAACAGGAUUCACAUCAACCCAGCAGUUCCAAGAGAAUUAAAAAUACAUCAAAUACAAGCAUCUGAUGCAGGAAACUACACCUGUUUUCCAGCAGCAAUAAGAUGGACAUUAACAAUAACAGAAAACAGACCAGCGUCACCCAAACAAAUGCCACUCUUCAUCAUCAUCAUCAUCAUCUCAUGUUCUGGAUUCAUUAUGAUCUUUCUGAUAAUCACCAUCAGCUUCUGCAUUCACAGGAAAAUGAGGCAGAAGAUCAGCUCUGGUUCAGAUAGGGAGGAUGUGAAGAUGAUCUCUCACUGUGACAAACACACAAUAACAACCUGUGUCUACAGUCUUCAUACAAUUUCAUGAACAUGAUCUUUCCUCCUCAAGACACCACCCAGAUAGUAUGGUGACAUUGAUACAAUGUUGAGUUUUGAUCCAAACCAUCAUUUUGGUUGAGAAUGGCGUUUCAAUGUUUGAUGUAUGUUGGAUCAGCAUUGAAAUUUUGAUGAAAGUUGAUAGCACACAUGGGUGAAGAUAUUGAAUGACAAUAAUGAAUGACAUUGAGCUAACAGUGAUAUGUAGUUGAUGACCACAAGAUCCUGUAGGCAUGUAUCUGUGCUGUUGCCUGUUGCAUAAAGUCGGUUUCAGUUUCUACCUAGGCAAGUUCAAGAUUAGUUUGAGCAAACUCUGUUUUUUUCUGGCUCAUGAAGGUGGAUUGGUUUUAGCGGGGUUCAUUGCUAUGGUAACUUACGCUACAUGGCUAACCUGCUCCGGAGCAGGUUUUGUUCUGGGUUAGAGAUCGCAAACCCAUACUGGACCAAUCAACUAUGAGUAAAGUGACCUGUAUCUGAUGCAAUAAAGCCACUCCCUAUGUAUCUAGCUCCAAAUUAAAUCAGUUUAUAGUGAAAACAUUUUAGCUGCUAACUUUUGCUAAUAUAUUCAUAUAAUUAUUAUUUUAAUUGACAGUAUUAAACAUUGCUUUUAAAUUUAAAUAUAAUAUAUGCAUUAAAGGUUUAAAACAGGUUCAGCUUACAAGUGUUCUUUUGAGUCUUUGAGAAACUAUAUAAAUUUUAAGGCCUAUUCACGAGUUCGUUUCCUCAUAAAAUCUUUAAGCUAAUAAGGUUAAGCGUAUUUGGCUUGCUGUCCGCUGUGGAGGGGCUCGAGGAAGCAGCUUCAACUCGAGCUUGGAUAUACCCCCCAGGGACUACUAUUGCAUGAAAGAGGAGUACGAUAGAUGAGAUGCUUAAUUUAUGUGGCGGAGUUGGGGAGGUGGAGGGAUAUCGAAACAACUGAUGCCAGAGCAGGGUGAGUAGCUGCUUAUAUGCUCUGGAUGUAAUUGUAAGAUUAGGGUUCCCUCCUCUUGAGAUUAUUUUUGAGUUUCACUAAUUUAAAGAUUAGAUGGGUUCACUCCUCCCGAAAUUACGUUGUGAACUUCACUUUGUUUGAUUCACAUGCAUUGAUAUAGUCAGAUUUUUUUCUUUUAGCUGUCUUCUCAAAUUUUCACUGCAGCAGUAGUGUUUAUUCCUACUUUGUAAAUGCAAAUGUUUAAUGUCAUGAUAUUUUUCAUAACGAUCUAAUCUUCAGAAGAAAAGUGAAUUGCGCGGUUCUCUUGCGAGAAGUUCAUCAAACGGACGCUCUCCGUGAUUGGCAGUUUGCUGCACUCUGAAACUCAGAGUUUGUUCACCUAGCUUCAUGCAGCAGGCCUCAGAACAGUAUUGGGUGUUUCUCAAUCAGUGGGGCAUGUCAGUUCAUUUUCAAUUGCUUUAUCUGAUUUGCUCUAAUCCACUGGGGGCUUAGUUUAGGGGUGGGCCCUCAUGAUUUUAGCAAGUCUAGAAAAUGGUUGAAAAACACCAAUUAUAAUUUGAAAAUGGGCACUGAUUGGUAAUCACCCAUUUUGGUUCUGCAUGUGCACUUCUCAGUAUAAUCUAAUCAACUAUAUAAAUAUAAAUUGUAUUAAAGUGUUUGAAUAAACCAUACAUUUUUCUAAA